GACGUGCGCUAGCCUGGAGUUACAUUAUGGUUCUGGGCCGAGCUGUCAACAUGAGUUUGAUGGACAUUUCCAAGAUCUUCUCCCUGCUGCAGCCCAAGGAGGAGGAUGAAGACAAUGAGCAGUGUCAGGCCCUGAACAACGCCGUGAGCAGCGACAAUGUCACUCUGCUCGCCGAGCUUCUGUCUCAGGAGAAUUACAGGAAGUCUAUCAAUGCUAGGAGUGGGUGGGGGGUCCCGGUAACCCCUUUGCGCACUGCCGCUUCUCUGGGACACCUGAGAUGCCUGGAGUUGUUGUUGGAGCACGGUGCAGAGAUUGACAGUUUGGACGUGAAGGCUCAGACGCCUCUGUUCACAGCUGUCAGUGGGAAACAUCUGGACUGUGUGGUCGCUCUGCUGAAGGCUGGAGCCGAUCCUAACGGCAGCCAGUACAACAACUGCUCCCCGGUGCUGACUGCGGCCCGAGAGGGUGAUGUAGACAUACUCCGAGAGCUGCUGCGCUUCGGAGCAGAGGUGGACGUCAAGCCCAAAGUACCAGAGUGGGCCUCCAACGCCACGGCCUGCAGAGGGCCUCUGUAUAUCUCAGCUGUGUACGGACACCUGGACUGCUUUAAGCUCCUCCUUCUUCAUGGAGCCAACCCCAACUACAACUGCACAGACGACAAGAUGCUGGCCAGGAUAAAACAGCCAAAGACAGUUCUGGAGGUGUGCCUCCGUUAUGGCUGCGGGGUGGAGUACAUUCAGCUUCUCAUAGACUUUGGGGCAGAUGUGUAUCUACCUACACUCAUCAUUGACAAAACCACAAAGCAGAAUGAAGCCCUGGUUCUUCUGCUCAAGGAAAGAGUUUGUCCCAAAACACUGAUGUCGCAGACUCGUCUGGCAAUCCGAAGGUUCCUCCCUUUUGCGAGAAAAGAGCCUGAAAUUGACAGAUUGGACAUUCCUCUGAUCCUGAAGAACUACUUAAAACAUGACACCUCGGAACUCAUGUGAUGCUCAAGUUAGCAUCAGGUUGUACAGCCUGUGCUUGUGUUUCUUAUCUUAUCUCUUCAUCUUUUUUCUUUUUUUUUUUUUACCUCAGUGCUGUAAGCUUGUGUCUGGAUGAUUAAUUUCUAGGUUUUUCCAUAUCUUCCCACUGCCAGAACAAGAUAAAGGGCUGCUUUCAGUGUGUAAUACUAAGUUUACAUGAGAUUUUUAGCUCUAUUAAGCUCAUAGAGAUGUCGUUUACCAGCUAAGAACAAUGAUUACCCUCAUGGGCUCCAUGUUGGAAAAUGUGCCCUGUCCUUGAAAGUGUAACACCGAGGCUGACCACUAGAGACCACAGUAACACUGCACAUUGUGAUAACACACAUUCAGUCUUCUUAAUGGCAGUUCUGGUAAUUUGUAGCCUUUUUUUCAGUUUACACCUGACAUCACACAGAAAAUGUAAUCUCACUACACUAAUUUAGACAUCCAGACCUAACUGAGAAAACACACACACACACAUACACACACAAGCUGUCUGUGUUACAGCAGGAAGUCUUAGAUCUCUCCUGAAAAACAGUCUUGCAUCUUUGGACUUCAAAACAUCAGGAAGCGGAGUGAACAGCCUACACUUCAGCACAGCCAACUGGGAGCACAUAUUUGCAUAACUCUCAUUACUUAUUGAUUACGGCAUAGUUACUUGCAGGCUACCAUUUGUGGUCAGAAGUUUGCUGAAUUCUUUUUUUCCCCCCCACACAUUUUGCAACUUGUGAGCGCCACAUUGAUAAGGUUAUUUAUCGUAUUCCCUUGAAUUUUUCCUUUGUAAUGUCUCCAGGAGUCAGUGUGUCAGCUGUUGGGAAUGAGCUCUACAAACAGGAGAUGAUAUCACACGACAGGAAACCCAGCACAAUGCUCUCACUAGCACAUUGACGCCUCGACACGCAGUUCUGUAGAGGUUUUAUUUUCAACAAAAGUACAGCUAUAUCAGAUAUGGAUUUAUUUUUUACAGCGAAGUACAACAUAUUCCCAGUGCGUCUGAUUACAUCAAAACAUAUAAUGUACAUACAGUUAACAUCUCCACUCUCCCAUUCACAGUUUCUGGAUUGAAUAGGCAUUAUUUUUCAGGUUUUUCAUUUCUACAACAAAUAAUUGAACUCAAAAGGCCAGCAAGAAAGAAAAUGACAAAUGUUUGCAUAUGGUGACGAAAGGAUAUGGAUACCGUGAGUAAAU